AAUUAGCAUGACGCGUAGUCUUGUUUCGUAUUAUUAUCUGCAAUGUUUUAAUUAUAAUUUAACUGUUUAAUUUAACACCUAUUUAACGGAGUUGUUGAAAAAUGAAAUUAUACUUAAUAUACGUAUUUCUUUUCAUCUGAACCACUAACGAUAUGUACGCAGCUCUCACGUUUCUCUCGUUGGUACUUGGAUCACCAGACCAGAACCUGCCCAAUGGCUGUCCAGCAAGUUUCAACGUCAGUGUGCUCAAACCACAUGAGACAGACUGCUCGAAAUUCUACAUUUGUAACAAUGGGGAAAAGGUUGAAAUGAACUGCGCUCCAGGCACGUUAUUCGACGUGAAGAUACGAGUAUGCAACUUGCCGUUUGCAGUCGAUUGCAAAAAUUCUACAUCAAAUUCUAAUUCAACAUCAAUAUCAACAUCAACACCAAUAUCAACUUCAAUAUCAACACCAAGACCAAGAUCAACAUCAGCGCCGUCAACCACAGAAAAAUGGCCUUACUUUGAUUGUCCUCCGGACCCUACCAACAGAAUAAUCCAAAUGCCUCAUAAAACAGAUUGUGUACUCUAUUAUAAAUGCAGUAAUGCCGAAACUCGUGUGUUGCCUUGCAGCCGUGGCAAGUUGUUUGAUUACAAAAGGAAGAGAUGCGUUCCAGCACAGCUGGCGACAUGUUACCAAGAACCAACAACUAAGAGACCAACAACAAAGAGAUCAACAACAAAGAGUGCAACAACUCCGUCAACUACAGAAACUAUGCCUGACUUCGAUUGUGCCCCGGAUUCCACCGGCAAGGUGAUCCAAUUGCCACAUGAGACAGAUUGCGGGCUGUAUUACAUAUGCAGUAAUGCACAAACACUUGAGAUGCGUUGCAGCCACGGCAAGCUGUUUGAUUACAAACGACAGAUAUGUGUCAUAGCACAACUGGCAACAUGUUACCCAGAAGCAACAACAGAGGGUUCAACAACUCCGCCAACAAGUAUAGCGAUAUCAGACACCACAGAGUUGUUGCCCAAUGGAUGUCCUCAGGACUACAGUGUUGAUUACUUGCUGCCCGAUGAGAACAACUGUUCCAGAUACUAUAAGUGUGUGUAUGGAGGGAAAAUCUUCAUGGAAUGCAAGCAUGGGACCUUGUUUGAUCAUAUUUUUAAGACCUGUUUAUAUCUGGCGACGUGUUACCCAGGAGCAACCACACCACCGACAUAUAGCAUGGCAUUACGUAGGAAAGGAUACGACAGAUAUAUCAAUCACCUCGAUCGAUAG